UUUUCAAAUUUAUUACCAGAAUCCUGAUAAAUUAAACUCAACUUUCAAAGAAAUCGGGUAUUUCUUGUUGGCAGCAUAAUCUUUUCUUUCUAGUAUUUUCAUACCUAUUAUAAUUUUUAUUACUAUAUUUUUCGAAUUUUUCAAUGAACGGAGAACUGGAUUCGACAAAGGUAACAGCACUAAAACAUCAAGUGCAUACACUUCGUCACGAUUUAGCGGAGAAAAAUGCUUUGCUCGCCACAGUACAAAAAAAGCUUAGUCGUAGUAGACCUCAAUAUUACAAUAGCGGGACUACUAACGAAUCUACUACUGGAAAAGUCAUUGGUCAUCUUCAACAUGAAAUCGAACAUUUAAAAAAAGAGGUUGCUGACGCUAAAACUCAAAUACAUAUUGCAAAAGUUGCUCGUGAACGAGCGGAUAGGCAAGUCUCUGAACAUUCUGCAUCACAUCAAACCUUAAAAUUAGAAAUCGAUUCAUUAAAACGAAUGUUGGAACGUAAGGAAAGACAAGUUAAAGAAUUGGAAGAAGCUACAAAAGAAAAUGAAAAGAAAAAGCUUGAAUUCAAAAUAGAAAGGGAAAAUAAUAACAAGUUAUUGGAAGAGUCAGAAAGGAAAGCUGCAGAAUUAGAAAAACAAGUAGCUGCUGCUCUAGGAGGCAAAGAAUUAGCGGAGAUUCAAUAUCAGUUAUUAUCAAAAGAAUUGCAGAAUUUCAAAACUCGAUAUUCAAAUGAUGUGGAGUCUAUUAAAAAAGAAUAUCAAGUACUUCGUAAUGAACUUAAUUCAACUUCUAAAGAGUUAAAAACUGUCGUGACUGAAGCUAGUUCUCGUGUUGAAACACUAACAAAGGAUCGUAAAGCAGAAGUAGCAAAUCUAGAAGCAAUUCAAAAACAACUAAGAGAAAAUCAAGAAAAUUCCAUCGCUUCAUUACUAGAUGAGGUUGAAAAAAUGAAAAAGGACGUUGAAAGUUCAAAUCAAAAGACUCAAUUAUAUUCUGAACAAGUGGCAAAAGUUGAUGACGAAAUAGCAAACAAAAUGAAAUGGUUAAAAAAUAUAAAAACCCGUUAAUCUUUAAUAAAGUAAUUAAUUAAUCAUAUUUACAAUUUACAUUUAUUAAAAAGAUUCCAAACCUUCAUACCAUCUUGAUUUAUGUACCGAUUUUUGCCGAGUCUUUACGGAUUAGCAGAAAGGUUCAUACCUGUAUAUAUAUAUAUGAGUGGAUGAAGGUACAGGAAUGCUAAGAAAAUUCUUUUAAUGGAAUAUUAAUAUAUAACAUUUAGCAUAUGUAGUUUUAUUUGUA